AUGUCCAAAUUGAGCGAACGUAAUCGUCGACGUCAUUGUUUGUGGACAAAGCAACAAGAGGCUUUACGGGCCGGUCACGUCAGGACACGCGAACCUAGGCGAUUGUUACGGCUUCGAUCAUGGGAAAGCGAUUUGGAAGAAUUACGAACGGACAGAUUGCCUUUGGAAACGGUCAAUCGGAAUCCUCCGGCGAAAGGGGCGACGAAAAAAGAAGAAACUAAAGUGAUUCGAAGAUUGCACAAAAUCACGGCCGAAAUGCAAACUUUUAUCGACUAUGCUCUGGAUAAUUGUCUGGAUGACGACCAAGUUCUGUGCAAUGCUUUCAACAUUUCCAUCACUCGCCGAGAUAUCAAGACACUGGCUGAUUGUAAUUGGCUCAACGAUCAGAUUGUCAACUUUUACUUAUCUCUCAUCGUGGAACGAAGCCAAUCAGACGAGUGGCCAAAAGUGUAUGCCUUCAACACACUUUUCUAUCCAAAGUUGACCAGUUCCGGCUAUGCUGCUCUUGAAAGGUGGACGAAAGCUGUGGAUCUCUUCCAAAAAGACGUCAUUCUGAUUCCCGUACAUUCUGGCUUUCACUGGUCUCUUGCUACCAUCUUUCCACAAGAAAAAACAAUUCGAUAUUAUGACAGUCAAGGAAGGACUGAUAUGGAAUGUCUUAACAAUUUGAAAAUGUACAUAGAAGCGGAAGGUAAAGCUAAGAAGAAAAAUGUUAAGGCGAGACAAUGGAAACUAGAAGGGGUCGAGAAUAUACCACAACAAGUAAAUUUCUAUGACUGUGGAAUGUUCACCUUACAGUAUGCCGAGCAUAUAUCGCGCAAAUGCAAGAUGAAUUUCAAACAAAAGGACAUGCCCUAUUAUCGUCGAAGAAUGAUGUAUGAGAUUCUUACAAAAACGCUGAUUUCUCCCUAAAGUUUUUUUUUACAACUGUUUUCGUUCCUCCGAUAUUGUUUCAUUCAUUUUCGUUUUCGUCAUUUGCUGCCAGCUUAAGGAUAUUUCAUUUUUCGAAAUGUACCGUUUUUUUUUUUUUUUAUAGAAUUCGUUAAUAAACUGAGCUGGAUGUUUGAA